AUGAGACUUUCUACGCAGUCUCUUGCACGCGCUGCUGCGCUCCAGAGCUGCAAACGGGCAUCAUCGGCUGCACCGUUUUCAAGAGCUGCCUGCACCGGCGUGCGGCGAUUUGCAACAGCUCAGUCGACGGCCAGCGAGGCCCAAGCAGCAGCAGCGGCAGCGGCAGCCUCGGACAACCACGUGCACAUUGUCGAGGUCGGCCCGCGCGACGGCCUCCAGAACGAGAAGCGGGCGAUCCCGCUGGCGACCAAGAUCGAGCUGCUUGAGCGGCUGGCCAAGACGGGCCUGCGGACCAUUGAGGCCGGCUCGUUUGUGGCGCCGAAAUGGGUGCCGCAGAUGAACAACUCGGCGGAGAUUCUCGAGCACAUCCUGCAGCACCGGCUCUCGUCGCCCGUGCCCAUAUCCUACGCAUUCCUCGUGCCCAACACAAAAGGCCUGGCCAACGCGACGGCCAUCCUGCAGCAGCACACCGACCGCUACGUGGCGGACGUGGCCCAGGCCGAGGCCCAUGCCGAGGCCGCAUCCUCGAGAAGCCGCGAGGCGACGGCCGGCGCCGAGACCAAGCCGUCGUCGUUUCUGCCGGCCGUCGAGCUCGCCGUCUUUGCGGCGGCCACCGAAAGCUUCUCCCAAAAGAACCUGAACUGCGACAUUGCCACGUCCCUCGACCGCUUCCGCGAGGUCAUCCGCGCCGCCAAGCAGACCACCGCCGACGCCGCCGCCGCAUCCGGCACGCCCGUCCCGCUGCGCGUGCGUGCCUACAUCUCCACCGUGCUGGGCUGCCCCUUUGAGGGCCCGGACACCGACCCACGCCGCGUCGCCGAGAUUGCGACCGACUUUUUGGAAAUGGGCGCCGACGAAAUUGCCCUCGGCGACACGACGGGCAUGGGCACGGCGCCGCGCACCAAGGACCUGCUGCGCAGCAUCACGGCCGCGGGCAUCCGCAACGAAGACGUGGCGCUGCACUUCCACGACACCUACGGGCAGGCGCUGGUGAACACGGCCGUCGGCCUGGAGCACGGCAUCCGCACGUUUGACAGCUCGGUGGGCGGCCUGGGCGGGUGCCCGUACAGCCCCGGCGCGACGGGCAAUGUGGCCACCGAGAACAUGGUGUACUUCCUAGAGAGCCUGGGCAUGGACACGGGCGUCGAUCUGGACGCGGUGGCCGACAUUGGCGCGUGGAUCACGGGCGAGAUUGGCAAGGCCAACGACAGCAGCGUGGGCAAGGCGGUGCUUGGAGCCCGGUUACGGAAUGCGUAG